AUCUCGAGGCGGAUGGAGGCGUAAACACGGCCGAAGCGAUCGAUCCCUUUCAUUGGUUUCUCUUGAAUGAUUCGGCGCAAGAACGUCGGGCCGCUGUAAAUAAGUCCAUCGAUAGAUAGCAGCCCGGGUGAGGGGGUAGGCCCCGAUGAACAGCGCCGACAAUGCACGACGCGUACGAGGCAGUGCCCAUCCUGGAGAAGCUGCCGCUGCAGAUCGAGAGCGUCGCCUGCUGGGAGGAAAUGCUUUUAGUGGGAACCAAACCAGGUCAUCUGCUUCUCUACAGGAUCAAGGGAGAUGCGGGAAGUUCCCGAUUUGAAGUCACGCUGGAAAAGUCGAGUAAGAACUUUGCCAAGAAAAUCCAGCAGCUCUGGGUGGUGGCACAGUUGAAAAUUCUCAUCAGCCUCUCCGAUAAUGUGGUUUGCGUGCAUGACCUCACAACAUUUCAAACCAUCACAACAGUCAACAAAACUAAAGGGGCGACACUGUUCAGCUGUGAUGUUCAGUCGCCAACGAGGGAGCUGCGCCUGUGUGUGGGCGUCCGUAAAAAGCUUCAACUUUUCACGUGGAAAAAUCGCGACUUCAUCGAACUGCAGCCCGAUCUCAGCCUGCCAGACUUCCCCAAGUCCAUGGCCUGGUGCGUGGACUCCAUCUGCGUGGGAUUCAAGAGGGACUAUUACAUUGUCAAGGUGGAUGGGCGCGGCUCGUACAAGGAGCUCUUCCCAACGGGGAAACAGCUGGAGCCACUGGUCGUUCCUCUGGCCGACCGCAAGCUGGCGGUGGGGCGCGACGACAUGACCAUCUUCAUCGAUGAGGAGGGCACGACUCAGAAGCACGCGCUGCGCUGGACUGACGUCCCCAUCGCCAUGGAGCACCAGCCGCCCUACAUCAUCGCAGUGCUGCCGCGCUACCUGGAGUUGCGGACAUUCGAGCCCAUGCUACUCGUGCAGAGCAUUGAGCUGCAGAAGCCUCGAUUCAUCGCCGCUGGAGGGCCCAACAUUGUGUACGUGGCAAGCAGCCACUUCGUUUGGCGCCUGGCGCCCGUGCCCAUCGCAACGCAGAUCGAGCAGCUGCUGAAGGAGAAGCAGUUUGACCUGGCGCUGCAGUUGGCGCAAAUGACCAAUGACUCUGACUCAGAGAAGCAGCAAAGAAUCCACCACAUUCAGAACCUGCACGCCUUCCACCUCUUCUGCCAGCACCAGUUUGACGACUCCAUGGCCAAGUUCUCUACCCUGGGAACAGAUCCUUCACACGUGAUCGGGCUGUACCCAGAUCUACUUCCGGCUGACUACAAGAAGCAGCUGCUUUACCCCUCGGAACCUCCACAGCUGUCAGGGGUGGAGCUGGAGAAGGGCGUUAUGGCUCUCAUCGAUUACCUCACACAGAAACGAAACCACCUGGUGAAACACUUGAACGAUGCAGAUGGAGGAGUCGUUGCCCCGAUCAUGAACGGCGUCCAGACUAUAAAGUCCAGGAAGAAGCUGCUGCAGAUCAUCGACACGACUCUGCUCAAGUGCUACUUGCAGACCAACGUGGCGCUCGUCGCUCCCCUGCUGAGGCUGGAGAACAAUAACUGCCACGUGGAGGAGAGUGAAAGAGUGCUGAAGAAGGCGCAGAAGUACAGCGAGCUCAUCAUCCUCUACGAGCGCAAGGGCAUGCACGAGAAAGCACUCAAUGUGCUUCUUCAGCAGUCCCAGAAGGCCAACUCUCCUCUCAAGGGGCAUGAACGCACAGUGCAGUACCUGCAGAGGUUAGGAAAAGAAAACAUGAAGCUUAUAUUUGAGUUCUCGGUCUGGGUCAUGAAAGUCAACCCUGAGGAUGGAUUAAAGAUUUUCACGGAGGACCUGCCAGAGGUUGAAGGGCAACCAAGAAAUGAAGUUUUGCAGUUUCUGGAGUCAAACUCAAAGGACCUCGCCAUACCGUAUCUCGAGUACAUUAUCUACGACUACAUGGAGAAAGGGCCUCUCUUCCACAAUCGUUUGAUUGAGUUGUACCGUGAGAAGAUCCAGGAGAUGAUGAAGGAUUACCUGCAGAGCCUGCCAGCAGGAUUGCGCCAGACAGUGGCGCCCGGCUCGGAGCCCGGAAAGCUGGGCGAGUACCGCAACAAGCUGCUGAGCUUCCUGGAGAUCUCGAUUUCGUACCAACCGGGGCAGCUCAUCACCGACUUCCCCCUUGAUGGUCUUUUAGAGGAGAGGGCCCUGCUUCUGGGUCGCAUGGGCAGUCACGAGCAGGCUCUGCAGAUCUACGUGCACGUGCUGCACAACUAUCCCGCCGCGGAAGAGCACUGCAGGAAGUACUAUGACCGAACCAAAGAAGGCAACAAAGAUGUGUACCUUAUGCUGCUACGCCUUUACCUGUCUCCGCCGGACAUCCGCGAGUUGGGACCCCUGACCCUCGGGCUUCCUAAGCCCAAGCCCAACCUGCCAGCCGCCCUGCUUCUCCUAGAGCAGCACUACAGCCGCGUGGACACCACACAGGCACUGAACCUGCUGCCAGCCAACGUGCAGAUCUGCCAGGUGCAGGAGUUCCUGCUGCGGGUUCUGGAGGAGAAGGCGGAGAGCCGCCGCUCGUACCAGAUCCUCAAGAGCCUCCAGCUGUCGGAACACCUGCGGGUUCAGGAGCAAAGGAUCUUUUACGAGAGCGUUAAGUGCGUCAUCACCGAGGAGAAGUUAUGCCGCGUUUGCAAAAAAAAGAUCGGGAGCAGUGCUUUUGCCCGGUACCCGUCUGGCGUGCUGGUGCAUUACUUCUGCUGCAAGAACCCCAUGGAAUGCCCAUUCGACUCAUGAGAUUCGCCCUGCCCAGCGGUCAAAACUCCGUCGCACAGUCACGUUCUCUGUGAGUGAGCUCAGAGGUUGGUCACUUUAGCGGGAGGGUAUGACGACAUCAGGUAUCCUAACACUUCCUUUUUCAGUCUCCCACGUCAGGGAGCAAUAUGUGGUUAUUAUUAUUAUUGUUUGAGAAGUGUAUUGAUUGCACAAACCCCUCAAUCCCGAAGGCCACUUGGUCUUACUGAUGCAAAGAAGGCUCUGUUAGCGUCAAUGCGGUGGUAGCGAAGGAGGAUAGGUCUGGGCCUCUCGUCAAUUAUUGCCAAAUGUUUAUUCUUAUUGUUUCGUUGAACGGUCUUUCGCUGUUUGAUUAAUUUAUCAACAAGAGAUGAAUGUGUAGCGUUUGUGCUGUGCAGCACCCCUACACAAAUAAAUGCUUUUACCCACACGGCGGAUGAAGGUUUUAAACCGUGGCCUACUAACCAUGGCAAAGUUUAUAAUUUGAUAAAAAUGUGAAAAUUAUUCUGUAAAACUAUUGCAGUUUACAGUCUGUUACCCUUAAAAAUGCCCUCAAUCGUGUGCUGUGGAAUUAAAAUACGUGUAAAAAUGUGUAUAUUUGAAUGCGGAAAGCAGAGAGGAAUUGCUUGUAAAAUUAACUAAAAAAACCCUUUAAAGCUGAUGUAAUAGUCUUUAACAACUGCGAACACUGGCAUGUUCUUUGUAAAGGGAAAUGCAAGUAAAUUGGACAAAUCUCAAAUUGUUGGCCAAGGGACUCAAAAGAUAGAAAAUUAAGUUGAAUAAAAAGAAAAUUAGUUUCUAUUUUUCCCAUUGGCAAAACUUUAUCAAUCCAUGUCCAUUGCAGGAACAAAAAAACAACAUUGAAACACCAUCUGCCUCCUGUAGCCAUUUGUUGGUCUUUAGUUUCUCUGAAACUCAAGUGGUGAUGUGUUUAAUUUCUUGACCAUGACUUUGACAUUACAAACUCUAACCGAGAAGAAACUAUUUACGAAUCCGUAUAAAUCGUGACUCAUUAAAGCUUACAAUUUGUGUUGAUCUGUCUCGGACAUGACCCUAACUAGGCAUGAAACUACAAAGAGCUACGUUUUUUUGGGUUUUAUCUUUAUGUAAGCACCCUGCCUCCCUGAAAGGAAAAACAAAUAAAUCAAAUGUAAAGAUUUAUGAUAAUAUUCAAGUGUAAGUCUUUUAAGGGUUGACAAAUAAAAUGCCUCCAAGAUAUCAAUAUAUCUCAGUUGCCAUUUCAAAAUAAAUCAGUUUACCUUUUAAGACUAUAAUUAGCAUCAUGUACAUAGAUUACAAAUAUAUAAAUGGUACUAAGAUAUUUCUUCAAUUUAUCUUGUUUUUUUGUCCCGUGAGGGAGUUUGCUUCCUGUUUACAUGUUUUAACCUUUGUGUUGAAAAAUGGAUGUGUUUUAGCCCUUGUACAAUAGUAACACCCAUGGCUUGAGUCAUGCUGCUGACAACACUUAGGUUGGCGCGUGGGUCACUACUACACGCAUACGCUGUGUUGAAAUGAAUAAAAAAAACAUGAAUCUUUGGCGAGCACUG